AUGGCCAAAGCUUUUGAAGAUUCUAAAAUGGCGGAGAAAUUUCAAUCAGUGCCACUUUCUCAUCAAACCAUACAAAGAAGGAUAGUUGCUAUGGAGGAGUUUUUUGAUAUCUGCCCUCUUUAUGGAACGACUAAAGGAAAAGACAUCUAUGAGGCUGUGAAGAAAGCAGUUGAUAGAAUUGGAGGUUUCGAUAAAAGUUCAGCCAUAGCAACAGACAGGGCCCCAUCAAUGACAGGUGAAAAAACUGGAUUAGUUGGUCUGCUUCGAGAGAAUGGUGUUACUUGUCCUGCAAUCCAUUGUAUUAUACAUCGGGGAGCUUUAUGUGGAAAAUCAGUCAAGUUUUUCAAACCGCAACUUAGGCAGUGUUUAAUGGAAACAGAGGCUGAGUAUGGAGACUUGCUAAUGUACAACCAUGUAAGGUGGCUGAGUGCAGGAAAAUGCAUUGAACGGUUUUUUGCCUUAAAGAAGGAAAUUCCUGCAUUCCUCAAUGAAUACGUUUUAUCGGACACAACUGAACUGGAAAGAAAGCUUAAGGAUCCAGAAUUCUUAAGACAUUUAGCUUUUUUAACAGAUCUAACUAAUCAUCUUAACAGUUUAUACUUGAGUCUUCAAGGAAGAAACCAGACGGUUUCAGAUUUAAUUCGAAAAAUAAACGGAUUUCGGAAUAAGCUGAGCGUGUUUAAACAUGCUUUGGAAAAGAACAACCUGACAUACUUCCCUAGCUGUCUGCAACUAGCAGAAGAAUUCAAUAGUGAGGAAAAUAUUGAGUUUUCAUGCUGCAGUUCACAAAUUCAACAAGUUAUUGUUGAAUUCAAUACAAGAUUUGAAGUAAUCGAAAGUCUCAAAAGCAGUUUACUGCUUUAUAAUAAUCCUUUUGGAGCAAUCAUUGAAUAUCAACCACCCGACUUACAAAUUGAGUUAUGUGACCUUCAAGCUGACAUGUUCCUAAUCACCAGACAAGAAAAGGGACAUGAAUUUUUCAAAUUACUGUCUAAAGAGAAAUUUCCAAAUCUUCGAGAUUUUGGACUGAAGAUUACAUCAAUGUUCGGAAGCACAUAUAGAUGUGAAAGUGCCUUUUCCUCCAUGAAAUACAUUAAAAACCACAACAGAAGCAACCUCACCGAUUCUUCCUUACGUCGUCUCAUGAGACUGUCUACAACUGAACUGGAGGUAGACAUUUCCUCAUUGGUGGAUGAAGCCGAUCGACCACAGUCUUCACAUUAG